UUUGUAGUCUCCUUAAUGCUAGAUAGUUAAACAAAUGAAAACAACUGGCAACCGUGCGAAGGACCCCAUCCGCGUUCGUCAGACUGCUGGUUUGCGCGGCAGGCCUACCAGUAAACCGCAGUCACCGGCUGGGCGCAUGUUUUCAGCGGGGGAGGGUUUAGCUACACAGCUGUAGUAGGGGCGAUUAUUCCCGGAUUAAAAGUAGCCAGCAAGAACCGCGGGAGAGAAAGCAGAGUUUUGGCGCAACUUUAGUGUUUGACAAGAGAGAGAGAGACUAUCAUAUAAUGGAAUAUAAAACCGAAACGAAACAAGGUGUCAGGCCUGUGGCCAACUAGCUAACGUUGCUUCCUUCAGCUUGUUAGCUAUUAGCUAGUUGUUCCCAGUGAUGUGUUUAGCUAGCUAACGCUACAUUCGUUAGCUUAGCCAGUUAGCUUCCUUGUGUUGUUGUGGGUCAAUAAAUACAUGGGACCUGGUUGGUUUUACCGCACAUUUUUUUGUAAUUUUUCACAAACUUUUGUAAAGUUACUGCUUGUUACAGUAGCUAUCAGAGAGCAACAUUCUCUGUUAUCCUCUGAAAUCAAAGUCGAGCCAGUGUGUGUGUUUUUUAGACAAAGUGAUUGGGCUUGCCAAGCUAAUUUGAAAGGCGUUUUGUUUUAUUGCCAACUGUCCUCGGCUCAGAAUUAACACCUGACCGGAGUGAACCUUUUUUUCCUCCAUCCAAACCCUGCAAACCAACCAACCGGUACCGUUAUUCUGUCCGGUCCCGGUGCUGACCGCACAGCACCGCCUGCUCAAUGGAGGAGCAUGACAACAUGGAGUAUUUAUAUCAGCAGGUUCUGCAGAAAGACGUUACCCGCAGGCUGCAGGUCGGGCAGGAUUUAAUAGACUACCUGAACGACCCGCAGAGGUCCUCCGAUGUGGAACAAGACAAACCCCGACUGGAUAAAACCAUAGAUGAGCUGACGGGAUGGGUCAACUCCAGCAACUACAAGGUGGCGUUGUUGGGGAUAGACAUUACCGGGGCGUUCGUCGAUCGCCUGGGGGAACACUUUAGAGGAUACCUGGGAACAGUCGUCCCAGCCCUGGUGGACAGGUUGGGGGACAGUAAGGACCAGGUCAGAGAACAGAGUCAAAAUCUUAUCCUUCGCUGUAUGGAAGUGACCGCAUCGCCUAUGUAUGUGUGGGAGAGGUUGCUUCCUGGUUUUAAACAUAAGAACUUCCGCAGCAGAGAGGGGGUUUGUCUGGUUCUCUGCGCCACGCUCAACACGUAUGGUGCUCAGCCGUUGCGUCUCAGUAAGAUCGUUCCCCACCUCUGCACUCUAACUGGAGACCAGAACCCACAGGUCCGUGAGGCUGCCACAGCAUCGCUGGUGGAUGUAUAUCGCCACAUAGGAGAGAGAGUCAGAGCCGACCUGGGAAAGAGUGGCCUGCCUGCCGCACGGUUACAGACGAUAUAUGGGCGUUUUGAUGAAGCUUUGAAUUCUGGGAACAUGGCGCUUAGCCCCAGUCACGACCGUAGUUUUGAGGAUGACGCGGACAGUGCAGAUGGGAACCGUGCUCAGGCUGCCUUUAAAGUCCCCAAGGUCCCCAAGAAGUCAUCAGAGUCCUCUGCUGCACGAAGACCCAACCCGAUUGGUUCCAAGAUCGGAGGUGCGUCUAAGGAUGGAACUGGGGGCAUUGAUGAGGAAGACUUCAUCAAAGCUUUCACUGACGUCCCCACAGUACAGAUCUACUCAUCUCGUGACCUGGAGGAUAAUCUGAAUAAGAUCAGGGAGAUCUGUUCUGAUGAUAAACAUGACUGGGACCAGAGAGCCGCCGCAAUGAAGAAGAUCCGCUCGCUGAUUGUUGCCGGGGCGACGGAGUACGAGUGUUUCUACCAACACCUGAGGCUGUUGGACGGAGCGUUCAAACUGUCAGCUAAAGACCUCCGAUCACAGGUGGUACGAGAGGCCUGCAUCACUGUGGCUCACCUGUCGACAGUGUUGGGUAAUAAGUUUGACCAUGGGGCCGAGGGCAUUCUUCCUGUCCUGUUCAACCUCAUCCCUAACUGUGCCAAGGUUAUGGCCACUUCAGGGGUGUCUGCUAUACGCUUCAUCAUACGGCACACACACGUUCCCAGACUCAUUCCCCUCAUCACCAGUAACUGCACCUGCAAGUCUGUGGCCGUCAGAAGGAAAUGUUUUGACUUCUUGGACCUGCUGCUACAGGAGUGGCAGACCCAGACUCUAGACAGACAUACAGCGGUGAUGGUAGCCAGCAUUAAGAAGGGAAUCGCAGAUGCCGACGCAGAGGCCAGGGUAGAGGCCCGCAAGGCAUACUGGGGUCUGAGGAACCAUUUCCCGGGGGAGGCGGACUCUCUGUUCAACUCGUUAGAACCGUCCUAUCAGAAGAGCCUCCAAUCAUCUCUCAAGAGUUCUGGGAGCGUGACGUCUCUUCCUCAGAGCGACCGCUCCUCUUCCUCAUCACAGGAGAGCCUUAAUCGUCCUCUGUCAUCUAAAUGGUCAGCUGCUCCUGGAAGAGUCCCGGCGGGUCAUAAGGGCGGGGCGUCGCCGGGCUACCUACAGCGUUCCCGUAGCGAUGUAGAUGUUAAUGCGGCAACGGUUGCUAAGCAGCGGCACAUCGGGCAGGUGGGGCCAGUGAGACUGAGCCCCAGCUCCUACUCCUCAUUGGAUGAUGCCUCAGAUAAAACAGAUGGUCGUCUGAGGACCAAGCAGCCUCUCACCACGGCAACCAGUGUCAGCCAGGUGGACUCCCGGGGACGCAGCCGCACCAAGAUGGUGUCCCAGUCACAACGUUCCUACGAAUCAGAUUGCACACCAGGAUCUCAGUCUGCUACCAUCGUUGGUGCCGGCAGUCGGAGUGGUUCCCCGGGCCGCGUCCUGACCAGUACGGCUCUGAGUACGCUGGGUUCUGGAGCCCAGAGGGUCCUAGCUGGGACGGGGAGGAGACGUAGCCGCAUCCCCCGCAGCCAGGGCUGCUCACGAGACUCCUCCCCUACACGCCUGUCUGUCGCUCCCUCCAGUGUUAGUUCCAUCUACAAAGCAACGAGCAGAGGAGCUCGGGGAAGUCGUAUUCCCCGGCCCAGUAUGAGUCAGGGCUGCAGCAGGGAGACCAGCAGGGAGAGCAGCAGAGACACCAGCCCUGUACGCUCCUUUACACCCCUGGCGUCGUGCCACUACUCUCGCUCCACCGGCGCUCUCCACACCGCCGACGCUUUAGGGGCCGCAGGGUCAGGGUACAGUAUCAGUCAAUCCAGUCAUCUGUCAUCGUCCGUCAGCACCAUGAGAGUCCUCACAGGAUCUGAUAUAGAGGAGGCCCUCGCUGACGCCCUGCUGUUGGGAGACAUAACAUCCAAGAAGAAGCCAGCGCGGCGGCGCUAUGAGAACUAUGGGAUGUAUUCAGAUGAUGAUGCUAACAGUGAUGCAUCCAGCGCCUGCUCAGACCGCUCCUACAGCUCCAGGAACGGAGGAGCCAUCCCCACGUACAUGAGACAGACUGAGGACGUGGCCGAGGUGUUGAACCGCUGUGCCAGUGCAAACUGGUCGGAGAGGAAGGAGGGGCUUCUGGGUCUACAGGCUCUACUGAAGAACCAACGCACCCUCAGUCGUGUGGAGCUGAAGAGGUUGUGUGAGAUCUUCACCCGGAUGUUUGCAGACCCCCACAGUAAGCGAGAAUCUGGAUCUAAGGUCUAUGGAACGGCAGAAUCCGGUAUAAGCUCAGCCUCCUUCAAGAGAGUGUUCAGUAUGUUCUUGGAGACCCUAGUGGACUUUGUUCUGGUGCACAGAGAAGAGCUGCAGGACUGGCUGUUCGUCCUGCUCACCCAGCUGCUGAAGAAGAUGGGGGCUGACCUGCUGGGAUCCGUACAGGCCAAGGUCCAGAGAGCACUGAACAUCACACGAGAGUCUUUCCCCAACGACCUUCAGUUCACUAUCCUCAUGAGGUUCACUGUGGACCAGACUCAGACACCAAACCUCAAGCCUGUGGAGAGGAGGGGAACGUGUUGUGGGCGGCGCAGCGUUCAAUUACUUCCCCCUGCUUCGAGAGUCACGCAGCGCAACGUUAAAUUGCUCCCCUCUGCCACGAGAGCCCCAAGGCACCACGCUUGCUGCUCUCUGAACGAGCAGGUCUCAGCCUGGAGCCAAUCUUCCCAGGUGAAGGUGGCUGUUCUGAAGUACAUUGAGACCUUGACCCUGCAGAUGGAGCCUCAGGACUUUGUGAACUCCAGUGAGACGCGCCUGGCUGUGUCCCGCAUCAUCACCUGGACCACAGAGCCCAAGAGCUCCGACGUCAGGAAGGCGGCCCAGUCGGUACUGAUCUCGUUGUUCCAGUUGAACACUCCAGAGUUCACCAUGCUGCUGGCAGCCCUGCCCAAGACCUUCCAGGACGGAGCCACCAAACUGCUACAGAGCCACCUGAGGAUCACCAGCAACACUGCACAGGCCCCGAUGGGAAGCCCUCUAACACGCCACACGCCCCGCUCUCCUGCCAGCUGGUCCAGCCCCCUCACCUCUCCUACCAACACAUCACAGAACACAUCCUCACUCGGUGCGUUUGACUACGACACAGAGAACAUGAACUCAGACGACAUCUACAGUAGUCUGAGAGGAGUUACAGAGGCCAUUCAGAACUUCUCCGUCCGCAGCCAGGAAGACAUGAACGAAACGGGGAUUGGUGCUGACCAGGUGGAUGGAGUCCGCACUGCUCUGGACAACAAGACGUCUCUUCUCAACACCCCCCUGCUCUCCUCUUCUCCCCGGGGGUCCCGUGACCCCUUUACAGACUCCCCCUUUAAACACAGCGUCAAAGAUAUUUCAUUGGACGAAUCAGACCAGCAAACAGAUGACAGCACCAUUGACCAAUCAGAGCUGGUGUCUGAGCUGCUGAAGGAGCUGUCCAAUCACAAUGAGCGUGUGGAGGAGAGGAAGGCGGCGCUUUGUGAUCUCUUGAAGCUGAUUCGAGAAAACACCCUGCAGGUUUGCUGGGACGAACACUUCAAAACCAUCCUCCUGUUACUACUGGAGACGCUGGGGGACAGAGAGCAUGUGAUCAGGGCGUUGGCGCUGCGUGUUCUGAGGGAGAUUCUGAGCCGCCAGCCCUGGAGGUUUAAGAACUACGCUGAACUCACCAUCAUGAAGGCCCUGGAGGCCCACAGGGACCCACACAAAGAGGUGGCGCGAGCGGCAGAGGAGACGGCGGCCAUGUUGGCGUCGUCCAUCAGUCCAGACCAGUGUGUGAAGGUGUUGUCUCCCAUCAUCCAGUCAGCUGACUACCCCAUCAACCUGGCUGCCAUUAAGAUGCAGACCAGAGUCAUAGAGAGGGUCCCCCACCACGGGCUAGUCACCAUGCUGCCUGAGAUAGUCCCCGGACUCAUACAGGGUUAUGACAACUCGGAGAGCAGUGUGAGGAAGGCCUGUGUAUUCUGUCUGGUGGCCCUCUAUGCGGUCAUAGGGGAGGAGCUAAAACCUCACCUCAACCAACUGUCUGGCAGCAAGUUGAAGUUGUUGAAUCUGUACAUCAAGCGUGCCCAGUCUGGCUCCAGUGGUGGUGAGCCCCCACCAGACAGCCUAUAGAACAGACAGAUGGACAGCGCCCCCACAGGACAACCAUGGAACUGCACUCUCCCUCCAGAGACUUAACACACACUCUUACAUGGAUGGAUAAACACAUACUCACACGCUUACAUGAACACACACACGCUUACUGACAUGCUUACAUGAACAUGCUAAUAUGAAGGCCCAGACUGACACACUCACACACACACACUGUCCUGGACACAACCUCCCAUUGCCUUUUUGUUGCCUACUACAAUGCACUCUGGGAUACGGUGCAGAAGAGAGGAUUGUUGUAGUUCCCUUCCCAAACAUUGAAGAUUCACCCUGUUCUCUGAGACUCACCCCCUGAUCUCUACACACCUAACCACACCCUCUGAUGAUGCACUAGCCACACACCCCCAGCCAGGAUGGAUGGCUAGAGAGGAAGGGACGAGGCUAGGUAUGUGCAUUCUGCAGACCGGUGUGUUUAUGUCUGCGACGGAGGAGGGGGUGUAUUUCUGAGGUCAGUCAGUCCAUCUGUCAUAGUGGUCGAGCAGUUAGGUCAUGAGCAGUUAGGUCAUAACUGUUCAUAACAACUACAUAGGCAAUGAGUGUAAGUUAUGGGAGACGGAAUGUGCUUAGCUCUACAUGACAGUGAUUUUUAACUCUUUAUCCAGAGCCUAUUUACUGUCACAGUGGAAGGGAGAGGGUGAAAUUAGUUAACCAUGUCCACCCCUUUCAGAGAAGUCCAUAGUACCUUCCACUGCUUUCCUGCCAUGUCUUGGAUGAGUACAUUUCAGACAAAGAGGGGGGAGACAUGGCUUCUUCUUAUUAUCAUCACCUAAUGGAUAUGCCUCCACACAUGAUAACAUGGAUUAAUAUCCAGUAAGGACGUCAUUCAGGAGAGUCCUUGAAGGAGGUGCGCGCUCUGCAUCCUGAUCAGUUUUGUUUUCUGUUGCGUGUGCCAUAGUCUCUCUACUUUGGUUUCUCUCUGGGGAGACGUUUUGGACAAAUGUACUAUUUAGUGAUCUGAGAAACUGUCCCCUCUUCUUCCUCUUCUUGUAACAGUCUGGCUGUCACUGGGUUGUUUUCCUCUGUGCAUUUACAAAGCUGUGCUUACAAUAAAAUGAAGAAAAAAGAAAAA